AUGCAACAACAUAUUCAAAACGAUUCGCAGAGAAAAAAUUUUUUGUUUGAACGAUUGAAUUUGAAUCGACGAGCUCCCUCAAUACUAUUUGAAAAAUGGGAACACGAUCAAGUAAAAUGUUCCAAUUCAUCAACAAACCUGUCGCAGUUCAAUUUGUCUUGUAAACAAUCGUUCGAAAAUAUAUCUAAUUCGUUUUAUACGCCACCGAUGGAAAAAGGAUUUAUACCAACUCCAAAAGCACCCGUGAAGUAUAAAAAGCAACCUAAGAAGAGAGAUCUAAAACCAAAAAAGUUACAUUACAGUGACGAUGAAUUGGAUACCUCAAGCGUCGUAGAUAGCGGCAUUCAUAUGCAAGUUGACCAAUCAAAUAAUACGUUGUUCUACCAGCAACAUAAUGCUACAUACAAUAGGUCUGAUUCUUCACAAAAACAAUUACAUAGAUUACGUGGCAAAUUAGACAGAGUUAAUGUACAAACAAAUGAUAAAGAAAAUGAUAAGAAUGUUAUAGGAAACACGUCCGCAAAUAUAUCGAACAACAAAAAUAACGUAGCACAAAAAUCUUCUGUAGUAUUCAAUCCAAAUGCAGAAGUUUUAUCGUUAUAUGAUACAAAUCUUAAUUGGAAAGAGAAAUUAUAUUGGCUACAGCCUAGAAGAGAUGUUGGUUUAUGGAUUGAGUGCUGCAGAAAAAAAUGUAAAAAAUGGAGAUAUGUUGAGGACUAUCAUGAUCCACUUGAUGUACCUGAAAGAUGGUAUUGUGAAAUGAAUUCUGGUGUGUAAAUUUUUCUUUGUCAUUUUAUGUUGU